AUGGCGGAUUUACCUUUACGUUCUAAACACGGAGCUGAGAACAGACGGAUAGCGCGAAAGCUGGCGCAAGUGUUACCAUCAAAUGUCGUCGCUGAUAUCUACCGGUGCUCGUUCAAGAAGCAGACGGGCGUGAGUCUCAAGAACAUGAUGGCGCACGGCGCAUUCCCCACGGAGCGCAAUCUGCUCUCCUCCGCGCAGUUCUUGCAGCAGGAGCUGCCCGUGCGCCUCGCCCACCGCGUCACGGAGCUCGAAAACCUCCCCUACGGCCUUUCUACCAAGGCACCCGUGCUCAAGGUGCGUGACUGGUACGUGGACUCGUUCAAGGACAUCCGAGGGUUCCCAGCCAUUGAGAGCCGCGAGGAGGAGCUGCGCUUCACGCAGCUGCUGGCGCAGGUCAAGAUGCGCCAUAACAACGUUAUCCCCACGAUGGCGAUGGGAAUCAACGAGUUGAAGCAGGACCUGGGGCGCAAGGGGCGGCUGGACGACCUCCUCGAGAUCCACCAGUUCCUCGACCGAUUCUACAUGUCGCGCAUCGGCAUCCGCAUGCUCAUUGGCCAACACGUUGCUCUGCACGACCCCAACCCGCCACCCCACUUCAUUGGGCUCAUCUGCACCAAGGUAUCGCCAGUGGAUGUGGCGCGCAAUGCAGUGGAUGAUGCGCGGUCGGCAUGCAUGCGCACGUACGGCUCGGCGCCAGAGGUGGAGAUCUACGGCGACCCCGACUUCACAUUCGCCUACGUGCCAACGCAUCUACACCAGAUGGUAUUCGAGCUGUGCAAGAACUCUCUGCGCGCCGUGCAGGAGCGAUUCGCCGAUGCUGACACCGACCCGCCGCCCAUACGUGUGGUGGUGGCCGAUGGGAUCGAGGAUGUGACUAUAAAGAUAUCAGAUGAAGGAGGCGGUAUCCCGCGCAGUGGCCUGCCGCGCAUCUGGACGUAUCUCUACAGCACAGCACGCUCUCCUGCUGCCGCUGGCGCUCUGCAGGACACACCCUCCAUCAUGGCGGGCUAUGGGUAUGGUUUGCCAAUCAGUCGGCUGUAUGCGCGGUACUUUGGAGGCGACCUCCAGGUGGUGUCAAUGGAGGGUUACGGCACAGACGUCUACCUCCACCUCAACCGUCUCGCCAACUCUUCCGCCGGCGCGGCGCACACUAGCGCGGUCUCCUCCGCGGAAUCCCCUUCUGCGAGCGACGAUCCGCUUGGCGCGGAGCGGCAGUACCGCGGAGUGCGGCAGCGGCGGUGGGGGCGGUGGGUGUCGGAGAUCCGCGAGCCGCGGCGGGGUUUGCGCAUCUGGCUGGGGUCGCACAGCAGCGCGGAGCAGGCGGCUCGGGUGUACGACGUCGCCGUGCGACUGCUGCGCGGCGACGGCGCGAUCCUCAACUUCCCUGACGACCAGCGCGAGGUGAGGCGCGGCGAGGCAGGCGAGGGGAGAGAGACGAGGCGAGUAGAGGUGCCCCUACCUCCCGCCAUCGCCGAGUCUCUCAUCCACGCCUGCGGGGCCCUCUCCUCCAAGAACUCGCUGCCUGGCGCUGACAGCAUGGCACCCCUCCGCCCUCUCCUCUCCUCCGCCCACGCGCACGCGCCUUCCUCCUCCACUCGUGCUGCCACACCCGAGCCCUGCGCUGUUCUUGCUGACCCUGGCUCGCUGGCGGAGGAACGAGUAUGCCUGACUGCUGCGACUACUGUACACGGCAGUGGGAUGGGCGGCAGUGGGACGGGCGGCAGUGGGACGGGCGGUAAGAUGGGCGGCAGUGAAACGGGCGGCAGUGAGGGUAGUGGUGGUGAGGAGGAGCGGGUGGAGGGGAGAGACGUAGAGGAGAUGGAGGAGGAACAACAGGAGAAGCUGCAGCAGGGGGAGAAGCAGGAGCAGGAGCAGGAACAGGAGCAGGAGCAGGAGGUGUGGGGGGAUGAGCUGGAAACUUUGCUAGCUUGCGAGCAGCAGAUUAGGCAGCAGGUGGCGGAAGAGCAGGCGGGGGAGGAGGCGGAGGGGGAGCAGGCGGAAGGGGAGCAGGCGGAGGGGGAGCAGGCGGAGGGGGAGCAGGCGGAGAGGGAACAGGCGGAGAGGGAGCAGGCGGAGAAGGAGCAGGCAGGGAAGGAGCAGGUGGAGGUGGAGCAGGCUGAGGGGGAGCAGCAGGGAGGGAAGCAGGAGUGGCAGGUUGAGUGGUUGCUGGCAUGCGAGCAGCUGCCACUGGACGACCUCACUGUGGGUGACUCCGAGGGUGCUCUGACUUUUGAGGCGCCUCGAAAGCUGCCACUGGACGACCUCAUUGUGUGUGACCUCAUUGCUCUAGUCGCUCGUGUCCCGCUUGCUGCUGAUUCUCUGUGUGGUCAUGCGGGCACUGCUGUGAGUGAGGCGGUGGUUGGGGUUGGGGAGGAGAGCGGACGAGAAGGGGCAGCGAUGGGAGUGAAAGGGCAUGUUGGAGCCGCCACUCUUCCCGUUUUUCACGCUUUUUCCCACAUCAUCCCGUCUCCCUCCGACCCUAAAAAACGCUUUUCUCAUUUCACACGAUCACAUCCUUCCCUCAUUCUGCCCGCAUUCGGUUGCUGUUGCUGUGCGCAACGUGUGCUGCCGUGUCCAACUCACGCGACCCGGAGGUCUAUGCGCCUUCGAGUCGCGCUUCCCGGCUUACCGAUCUUCCUCAUUCGAGUACCCACCAUGGCUGACGUUAUUCGGGGACUCAGCAGACCGCUCGGCGCGCAGCAGCAAGCAGCGGCACUUGUGCCGCGGCGCGCGGCUCCGUCGGCCGCCCGCGCGCGGAUCGCUCAAACGUUGCCGCCUCGCGUUGCUGCGCCUUUCCCCACGGGCUCGGCGACGCUACGGUUACCAUCUCCUCCUUCGCCUCUCCUCGCUCGAGCUCUCCCGUUAGCGUCGCGGCUCUCCUUCGCUGCUCCCCCCGCCCCUUUAGCCCCCUCCAGCUGCUUUUCCCUCCGCCAAUCAGUCCCUCACGCGCGCGCAGGCUUUACCCGCGCACCUGUUUUGCUCUCCGCGUUCCACCCGCGCGGAGCAUGCCGCGCGCAGGCGCACGAUAGCGCGGCUUCUUUGUCGACUCCUGUAAGUUCCGCGGCAGCUCUCCCGGGGGAAGGCUCCGCGGAGCGCAGGGAUAGCGGAGCAGCGGAAGCGGCGGACGGCUCGAGGAGUGCGCAGGGGGAGCCGUUUUUGGUGCUCAACUUCUACCACUUUGCUGACGUGGAGGAUGCCCAUGGUGACGUGGAGCGGCACCGCGCGUUCCUGCAGGUGUGGUUUGAGAAUGAGGUGUAG